AUGGUCGUGUUGAAAUCAAUAGCAGCAACCGGGCUGUUCCUAGGCUACGCUACAGCCACACCUCUCUUGAAGCGCGACUAUCCUCCCGUGGGCGAAUGCACAGGACAAUGUGAAGGAAGACUCCACGAUCCAGCAGUAAUCUACCGCGAAGACACAUCAACCUACUACCGCUUCGCCACCAACGAUGGCAUCAACAUCGCAACAGCUCCAAGCAUAUCCGGUCCCUGGGAAUUUCAAGGUGCAGCCUUACCUGGCGGAUCCUCAAUCGACCUACCUGGAAACCGAGACCUCUGGGCACCAGAUGUUUUCAACUUCGGAGGAACAUACUAUCUCUACUACUCCGUAUCCGAAAUCGGAAGUAUGAAUUCUGAUAUUGGCGUCGCUACAUCUCAAACAUUGGACGCAGGCGACUGGACUGAUCGAGGAAGUAUUGGAAUUCCUGCAUCUGCAAGCUACAAUCGUAUCGACGCAAACCUCUAUGCUUAUGACUCCAAUCGACUCGUGCUCAAUUUUGGUUCCUUUUGGGAGAAUAUUUUCCAACUACCGAUUCAGAAUCCUCCAUUGCGAGUCGAAGCCGCGGGACCUCUUCAGCAUCUUGCCAGAAAUACGACUACCCGCCCGCAAGGCCUCGCAACUGGAGCUCAAGAGGGAGCAUACAUGUUCUUUUGGCAAGGCUGGCAUUAUCUUUUCUUCUCCGCUGGUAAUUGUUGCGAUGCGGCUGGUAGCCUUCCACCUGCGGGAGAGGAGUACCAUAUCUUGGUCUGUCGAUCAAGAGACCAAUCCGGAGGCUUUGUAGACCAAGACGGCAGAGAUUGCUUGACUCAAAGUGGUGGUACCUUGGUGUUGGGAAGUCAUGGUGAUGUCUAUGCUCCAGGUGGUCAGGGAGUGAUGUGGGACGCAAGAGUCGGAAGCGUGGUAAUGUACUACCACUAUGUGCGACCGAGUGUGUCGUACGACUACGAUAAUUUCUUCUUUGGCUGGAGCAAACUGGACUUUAGUAAUGGGUGGCCAGUCGUGGUGGCGUAG